GGCCUCCCUCGCCCUCAGGUCCGACGACGGCGAUGGCGGCGGCGCGCUCGGAGGCGUCGGCCAAGCUGCCGGCGCUGUCGCGGCAGCUGCGCUACACAGGCCUCUUCACCUCGCAGAUGGCGCCCACGUCGCGCGCCUACUGCAUCCUGCUGAGCUUCUUCGUGGGCGUGCUCAUGCUCACGGCCGGCUCCGUGUUCUACCACGUGAUCCUGAUCCGCCCCAUGAGCGGCGCCCACCCCAUGCACACGCCCCCGCUGCCGCUCGCCGCAGGCCUCAUCCUCGCCGGCGCCGCCACCGUCCUCGGCUCCUGCUUCGUCGCCUGGAGGUACGGGUUUGAUGACGGCGAUGACAGCCUCGAGGAUGACCUCUACUCCUUGGCCAAAGAUGACGUCCUUGAGCAGACCCACGAGCAGCAGCAGUGGCAACAACGUCAGCAGUGUCAGCAGCAUCAACAGUGUCAGCAGACUCAGCAAUGUCAGCAGACUCAGCAGUGUCUACAGCAUCAACAGUCUCAGCAUCAGCAGUGUCAGCAACAUCAUAAGAGUCAGCAUCAGCAGUGUCAGCCGCACCAUCAUAGUCAGCAUCAGCAGCAAUACUGUGAGCAGCAUCCCCGUCAGAAAGAUGACCAGCAACAGAAGCCUCAGCAGCAACAGAAGCCUCAGCAACAGUCGUCUCAGCAGCAACAGAAGCCUCAGCAACAGAAGCUCAGCAACAGUCGACUCAGAAGCCUCAGCAACAGAAAAGCUAUCAACAUUUCCAACACUACCGCCACCACGAAUGUUGUCAAUCCACUGCCAAGAUUCCGUCUGUGUGAGAGCAGUUUUUUUUAAUACAGAUUUUUGAGCUUUGAAUCAUCAUUAUUUCAGAGACA